UCCACCAACCCAAAACCUUUUCGACUUCAAAACGGAAUGAAAUUGUAUCUCUAACGUAGGAUAAAAAAACAACUUAAACAAGUUACGCAAUGACAUAUCGUUGGACUAGGACAAUUCACUAUGACACAAAAUCCUUCGUCGUCCAGCGAUCCUGGAAUCAAGGUGAGAAUCCACUGCACGUCACGACGUUACCAGCUGGUACCUGUUCUUAUUGUUGUCCUAUCGACGUGGACCGAGAUAUAGAGUACCUGCUUUUUACCAGGAGGAAUCCAACUUGUGGGACGACGUUAAAUAUUUCAGACCCGUAUUCCUUGCGGAAGAGUAAUUUUAACGACAGAUAUCCAACAGUAAUUUUCAUUCACGGAUAUAGCGGCAGUGCGAGGGCAGGAAGUGCCACGGCAAUAAGAGACGUUUACCUGAAACGAGGCGAGUACAAUAUAAUCUUAGUGCACUGGACCAAAUUGGCCGGUCUGCCAUGGUACGUGACAGCGGUUCGAAACACGAGAAUAGUCGGACCUCAGGUCGCUCGUCUGGUGAAUUGGCUAGACGCUCAGGGAGCGAUAUCCCUAGCCAGCUUGCACGUAAUUGGUUUCAGCUUGGGGGCCGAGAUCGCUGGUUUCAUGGGGAAAGCUCUUGCUCCGCGGAAGGUUGGAAGGAUCACAGGAUUGGACGCAGCCUAUCCUCUUUACAUGAACACGGGCGGAGACGGGCAUCUGACAAAGACUGACGCCAUGUUCGUCGACGUGAUUCACACCGAUGGUGGAAACUUUGGCUUCCCAAAUCCCUUGGGUCAUGUCGAUUUUUAUCCGAACGGUGGCAAACCUAUUCAGCCUGGAUGCAAUUUGGACAGUGUUAUUCGGAGAAGUGUGUCGAGACUCAUCAACCACUAUAUCGUCUGUGGACAUAACAGAGCAUGGAUGUUUUAUGCGGAAUCCGUGACAAAUCCGUUUGGAUUCCCUGCCAGUCAGUGUCCAAAAUGGCAUCCAAAUAUCCAGGCACAUUGCACGUGGACACCUGAUGUCUUAAUGGGCUUCGCGGUGGAUUCUAGAGUCAGAGGGAAGUUUUAUCUAAGAACUAAUGCGCAAGCACCCUUCGCGAGGAAUGCAACUGGAUACAUAAGAAAAUGAUACUAGUUUGGAUGAACCAGACGAGCAAAAAGUCUCAAUUCUUUGAGUAUAGUCCGAGAAAAGAGAGAAAACAAAGAUUCUAAAUAAUUACUGGACGCUCAAAGUGUAACGACAAUAUUCACAAGAAACUGCACAGUUCAUCCUAAUUUCAUUAAGUCAUAAAAAACGGCAGGGACAUCGUGGAAUAAUUUUUUCGUAGGAGAAAAUUAAAAGUAGACAAAUUUUAACAGCACCGAUACUAGAAACGAUCGAAGUAAAAAUAUUCAGUAAAGAUAUUCUCACAGAAAUGGUGAAACAAUGUCGUGGAAUAAUUCCUUGACGAAAAAUAUGGAAAUAAAUAUUGAUAGAUUAUAAUGAUCCUGAAAAUCGAUGCUCGAAGUUAGGAUUAAUAUUAUCGAGAAAUGGCAAAGCAUUCUCACGAAAAUGGCAAGAAACUUUAUAAAACAAUCUCUUCGUAGGAGAAAAUAAAAAAUCGAUAGAUUGAUAGACAAGAAAAUUGAUAUAAAGGUUCCUGUUAUCAAUUGUGAAGAAUGUCAAUAAAGUUGACUACCAUCGUACGCGUAGUUUCCCUCCUUUACGACCACGGAUAGGGGACACGAGGCAAAAUGGUCUGCAAUUUAGCAUUAUUUCCGAUGCGCCUUGGCUACUCACGAAAUAUGGAAAUUCCAAGGACGAUUGUCUUCUUAUUUUCUAUUUUAGACAAUCGAUGAGGAUUGGAACGACUCCCCGAGGUGGGAGUAAUUGUGUUAAACGUUUCACAAUUCAUCAAUUCGGAAACAGGAGCACAAUGAAGAGCGAAGAUCAUGAAAAAAAAACGGAAUUGGAUGAUCUCCAAUACUGUUCUGAGCUUUUGCUGUAUUGUAAUAUCACUGGGUCAGAGAUAUUCAAAAAUUAUGUAGUCUUUGGAAGAUAGUUAUAAAUAAGAAGAGAAAUAUCUAUAAUAUUCGAUGACUAACAAUAUCAAACAAUUCUCCAAUCUCUAAAGUAUUUCAUAUAUCAGCGACGAUUUUACUGAGCAAUUAAAAACAUGAAGAAAUUUUAACUUAGACUAGACCUUCAUUUGAUAGGAAUAAUUUAGUCAUUCUAAUAUAAUUUUGAUUAACAUUCUUUGUGAAUGACAUUUAUUAUCUGUUAAUGACGAGAUUGUUUCUGUCGACUGAAAAUAUCGAUGAUGUAAUGAUAUUUGCACAACAGAAGUCAUUUUUAAAUUACUGAUGUUUACAGGAGUACAUUUAUGGGAAGAUAUAAAAAUGCACAUAAUGUACAUAAUGUAAAAAACAUACAUAUGCAAAAUAUCCAAGAUAAAGUACCUGUUACAAUAUUUAUUAGAUGAAAUAAAGUACCUAAGUUUUUUUUGUACGUAACUGAAUGACUAGAAAUACUCCAAAAUCUCUAAAUAUUUAUAAAUAAAAAGGAACGUAUCAACAAACAAAUCUUUCACAUUCUACGUU